CUCUUUAUUUUUUAUUUACAUUUACACUUCAAAAUAGAGAAGCUCCUCUCCAAGCUUAGCUUCGCUUCAGAGUGCAGCAGCUGUCCUUUUGCUUCACAAAUAUACACUCUCCAUCACCACUAUAACUGCCUUUCUAAUUCCAGCAAAUCCAAUCUUUCAAUUUUAAAACAAAAUACGUCCUAGUUAUUAUUUGUUAUUUAAUAUUCUUUACCCACAAAAACAAAACCCCCAAAAAUUCAUAUUCUAUUUUCUUCUUUCUGAUACCAACCCUGUUAACUUUUCUUAUCCCACUGAUCAUUAUAUUCUGAAGCUUCUAUUUUGCUCACACCUUCAAAUUUUUUUUCCUCGGUUAGGCCUUGAAAGUUGAAAGGCACUCUCCCUCUCUCAGUUUGUGAUGGAUGAAAUGUAUGGUUUCAACGCGACGGGGGAGUACGCUGAUAAGGCUUUGAUGUCACCGGAAAACCUGAUCCUUCCUUCAGAUUACCAUGCUUGGCUUUGCUCAUCUGGCCGGGUUCCUAUGUUUGGACCGGACGAGUUAAUCUCUGCUGCCUCUGCCAUAUCCGAAGCUGCUUCCAUCGCCCCUGAAAUUCGACGAGAAGAGGACAUGUCAUGCGUCAUCAAAGCCAAAAUCGCUUCCCACCCUUCUUAUCCUCGUUUGCUUCAAGCUUAUAUUGAUUGCCAGAAGGUUGGGGCACCACCGGAGAUAGCGAGUUUAUUAGAUGAAAUUCUGAGAGAGAACGAUGUUAACAGGCGGGAUAUCGUGCCAACUUGCUUGGGAGCCGAUCCCGAGCUCGACGAGUUCAUGGAAACUUACUGUGAUAUGUUAGUGAAAUUCAAAUCUGAUCUUUCAAGGCCUUUCGAUGAAGCGACCACCUUUCUAAACAAGAUUGAAAUGCAGCUUCGGAAUCUCUGCACCGGUGCCUCCAUUAGAGGUCCUUCUGAUGAAGGGGGAGUAUCAUCAGAUGAAGAUAUUAGUGGUGGGGAAGUAGAAGGACAAGAAGGGCAGGGGAAAAGUGAAGAUAGAGGUCUAAAGGACAGGCUGCUUCGAAGAUUUGGGAGUCAUAUUAGCAGCUUGAAGUUGGAAUUCUCUAAGAAGAAGAAGAAAGGGAAACUACCAAGAGAAGCACGACAAACAUUGCUCGAGUGGUGGAAUGUUCACUACAAAUGGCCAUACCCUACGGAGGCAGAUAAGCUAGCAUUGGCGGAAUCAACGGGGCUAGACCAGAAACAAAUCAAUAACUGGUUUAUAAAUCAAAGAAAGCGGCACUGGAAACCAUCGGAGAGCAUGCAAUUCGCGGUUAUGGAUAAUCUGUCGGGACAAUUCUUUUCAGAGGACUGAGGUGGGGGGCAACUACCGACUGGCUUGCUUUCUCAUAAAUGUAUAUCCCACAUCAUUAAUUAAUUAUAUGGUCUUGUUUUGCAUAUGACUUCUAUGCCCAUGAUGUAUAUUCUGAAUGCAAAAUGUAUUAUGGGACUUAAACUCAGAUUUGAAUCUCUCCCUCCUGUCGACUUGGAAUAUUUGGGUUAUGUUCAUGCUUUUUCUUUUCAUUAAUCAGUGUAAGUUUGACAUUUACUCAA